GGCUCUGGACAUAGCUGCUACUCAAGAUGGCAGCGCAGCUUCCUGGCGGGCACCACCACCAGCGCUCUGGAGUCAGGCGGAGCUGGUCUUGAAAGCGGGCUGUGGGGCUACAUGUGGAGCGCUCUUGGAGAAGUCGGGUACCCUCCCUGUGAUCAGCUGUCACAACUGGGGAUAAAGGGCAUCUCAGAGAGAUGCUGAGCAAGGACCUGAGAGGCGCCCAGGUCUGUGAGGCUGUUGUUCCCAGCAUUCUGCUAGGCUACAAAAAGAGGAGAAACUUGUUCAGAUCCCUGCAGGAAAAGGAAGGGACACUCAACAUGGAAAAACUCUGCAGUGAAAAUGAAGGAAAGCCUGAGAACCAAGGCAAGAUGGAAAACAAAGGACAGCCACCGGAUGCGAGAAAGCCGGGAGUAGCUUGUACUGUGGAAGACAAGGAAAAGUUAGAAAACAAGGGAAGGAUAGAUCUCAAGGGAAAGACAGAAGAUGAGGAAGUACUAAAGGAUAAAGAAAAGCCAGACAGUGAGGCAAAGCCAAAAGAAGGAAAGCCAGUGAGUGAGGGAAAACCAAAAGAAGGAAAACCAGAGAGUGAGGGAAAGCCAGUGAGCGAGGAAACGCCAAAAGAAGAAAAGCCAGCCAGCGAACCAAGGGCUGCAGGAAAGCGCCCAGCUGGGGAUGAUGUACCCAGGAAGGCCAAAAGAAAAACCAACAAGGGGCUGGCUCAGUGUCUCAAGGAAUACAAGGAGGCCAUACACGAUAUGCAUUUGAGCAAUGAAGAGAUGAUAAGAGAAUUUGACGAGAUGGCCAGGGUGGAGGAUGAGGUGAAGAAAACCAGACAGAAAUUGGGGGGGUUUAUGUGGAUGCAAAAAAGUUUACAGGACCCCUUCCACCCGAGGGGCCCAAGGGAACUCAGGGGUGGCUGCAGGGCCCCACAAAGGGGCUUUGAAGACAUUCCUUUUGUGUAAUGCCCCUGGCAGGCGUUUACCAGGCCCUGUGCUUUAAAGUUUUGCAAAUACUUUGCUUUAGGCGUCAUUCUUGUUAUCAACAACUUUUUGAUCCAGCUAGAGCACUCUGUCAGUAGGGGAUUUUUACCCAUGUGCAUUACAAAGGCGUUAUGAUUCUUGAAAAAAAUAAAGCAGCUUAUAAUAUCA